AUGUCGGCCACCUCAUCUCCAGCAACAUCCCCGCUCGUUGUCCCACAUCCUCCUUCGAAGCGGGAUUCUUUGGGUGCGCAGCUAGAAAAACGACCACGACCCAUGUCGCAUGCCUCGAGAAGCCGGCUUUCUCAGUAUUCAGUCGUGUCGAUACCUACGAGGUCACGGCCCGAAUCCCAUGUGUUCCCCGCGUUUCCUUCAAGCCUAUCGUAUACGUUGGUUAGGGACUUCGCAUAUCCUGCUCUGCACCCCCUGCACUAUGGUCCUCCUCCCGAGCCGUCUGGCCCUCCAUCAGGGCUUACAACUCCCGUUAGCGAGCAUAGGAGACUAUCAGACCCUCCUGUUUCGUGGGAUCAAAAGGUGCCCUGGGAUUCAUGGCCUGCUGAUGGAUUCAAUCGAGGACAUGACAUCCCGCCGAUCCAAUUUAGGGAUGGAGAUGGACCACCGUAUAGCGAGGAUGAGGACCUCCAAAGUCCCGUUGUUUCCACGCGCCACCGCAAGCAUAAAUCUACAUCCGCUGCAUUGCUAAAGGCACACCACGAUCAUUACCCGGCCAAUUACGACCAUGAGAGGGGUUACUAUGUUGGAAGGGGAGGGGAUGGAAGCGAGCGAUACUACGUUAGCCAUGACGGUGAGGCGAAUGGGCCAGGAGGUGAAUAUGUGACGUACCCUCCUGGCGAGGCACGUCGUAGCCGGGCAUAUCAUUUUUCUCAACAACCUCGGAUGGAUGAUGAUGAUGGGUUGGAAUAUGACUCAAGCCCAGUGUCCUCCGGCUUCCGUGGAGAGGACCAGUCCAGAUAUUCCCGGGAUUAUCAAUUCACCAUCACAUCUCCGGAUGAGGAAUUCCACGGCAAGGCUGUCGCGCUAUUCGAUUUCGAAAGAGAGAACGAAAACGAGCUCCCCCUUAUCGAAGGUCAAAUUAUCUGGGUUUCCUACAGGCAUGGCCAAGGAUGGCUUGUAGCGGAGGACCCUAAGACCCAGGAAAGCGGCCUUGUUCCUGAGGCGUAUGUGCGGCUUUUGCGAGAUAUUGAAGGUGGAAUGAAUAGCUUGACCGGACAACUGGGCGACGGGCCCGGCUCUCCUCAUGAUGCAGGGACGCCUACCCAGGCCGAACCCAACAAUCAAUUCAACCAAAUUCCAAGCUCUGGUAAUGGGACAAAUGGCUACCACCAACCUGUGGUGUCUGUAUUCUCGACAUCAAGCAAAGACCUGAACCCCUAUCCCACGGAACAACUCGGCCUACACACGGGGCAGGUACCUCCUCAGGUGGUCCAUUAUCACGGACAGAGAGGGGGUAGCCAGGCAAACACGCCUACCCUCACCCAGUCCCAGGAUGGUCUUGGGGGGCGAGAAGUAGGGUCUAAGGCUGAUGACCCUGAUUCUAGCCAAAGCCAAGAACAAAGGCAAUCAAAGCCGGAGCAAACUGAGGACGCAGGUGCUACCGCUAUGAACGAGCGGUGA